CAGACUGGUUUGGAUGUGUCUGUGGUUGGAUUCCUUCUUCACGCUGGGACUGGUAAACUGAAGGCAUUAUGAAAGCAUCUGUUGGAGUGUGUGUGGUGUUCGUUCUGGCUCUGGUGGGGCUUGGCUCUGCCAUUAAAUGUUACAGUUGUAGAGACUACACGGGCACAUGCUCUAAAAUUCGAGACUGCUACUAUGAUGAUGCCUGUGUGACCGUCCAUGAGAGAGGUGGUGACACAUACAGGCAGUGCAUAAAGUACUCUGAGUGUGAGCACAGCACACUCGCUGAGAAGUUUCCCAAAGUUUCCAGCUUCAAGUUCUCCUGCUGUGCCACUGACCUGUGUAACACAGCACCUGUGUCCGUGUCCAGCCGCUCUGUGGUGGGAAUACUGCUCUCACUAGCACUCUUCUGGUGGGGUGUUCUCUAAAAUGCUUUGGCAAGCUUCCUCGUAAAGCUGGUAGUGGUAUCUUGCAGUGAGAAUGCAGAGAUCUUCUAUAUCUUGAGUUAAUUGGUCAAAGAAGCAUUCACAUCUUAAAUCACAGCUGUAUGUUAAAACGGUGUGUGCUCACUGAUAAAGCUUCUAUUUUCUAGUCUUGCACUUAAUAGUGAAAGAGAAACCAUCUGACUAUAAUGUAUUGUAUUCAGUGUUGCUUUGUGUAUGUGUACUAUUUCGCGGCUAAUCCUGUUUCCCAGAAAAGUGGUACAACUGAGCAGUGGCGUGCACAAGAGGGCCCGGGGCCCCAUUGAGAUCCGACGCUAAAGUGCCCUUGCGGUCCGGUCUGCGAUUUCUGCCAAGGGUAGGGCUGUGCGAUAUGAAGAUUUUUGAUCGUGCCUGAUAAAAAUGUCUCCCUGAUCUGGUUUUGAAGAAAUAUUGUUGUAUUUUGCUCAAGCGCACAUUCUACCAGAUGCAGUUCUGGCGCCGUGGAAUUAAUAUACUGCUACAUACAUUAACAUCAGUGUUAACUCAGCUGCAGAGGCACUCUCACGGACACCACACUUUCCUUUUUCUUUUCUUUUUUCUUUUUUUUGUGCAUUGCUUUAAAGCCUUAAGGGGUAAGUUCACCCAGAUAGCAAAUUUAUGUAAUUAAUAACUUACCCUCAAGUUGUUCCAAACCCGUAAGACCUCUGUUUAUCUUUGGAACACAGUUUAAGAUAUUUUAGAUUUAGUCCGAGAGCUCUCAGUCCCUCCACUGAAGCUGUGUGUACGGUAUACUGUCCAUGUCCAGAAAGGUAAGAGAAACAUCAUCAAAGUAGUCCAUGUGACAUCAGAGGGUCCGUUAGAAUUUGUUGAAGCAUCGAAAAUACAUUUUGUUUCAAAAAUAGCAAAAACGACGACUUUAUUCAGCAUGCAUGUCUGUAUCUUAGAUGCGUGCAGGUCUUAGGGACAGUACUGAACAUGCUGCCGACUGUAAUUAAAGGGAUAGUUCACCUUAAAAAUGUAAUUUCUGUCAUUGUUUAUUCACUCACAUGUUGUCCCAAACCUAUAUUCAUUUCUUUCUUGUGCUGCACACAAAAGAAGAUAUUUUGAAGAAUCUGGAUAACCAAACAGUUGCUGGUCCACAAUGACUUUGAUAGUAGGAGAAAAACUCUGGAAGUUACUGUGAACCAGCAACUGUUUGGUUUUCCACCUUCUUCAAAAUAGAGUAAGCAGAAGAAUGAACUUUUGAGUGGGUACAUGAAGGUAUUAAAAACAAAACACUAACAUAUUUACAUUUUGUGGGUGAAUUAUUCCUUUCAUAUUAAUAUAACACCAAGCACAAAGAGAAAAAUCGCACAAUAUUCUUAACUGAAAAACAUUAAUACAGUUGCUUUAAUAGGAAUCAGUAUAUAGAGAGUUUUAUUUUUAUUUGUUCAUUCAAUUUUUUGAAUGCUCCUGCUAAAUACUGUUGUACCUGAAAAAAUAAAACAUUGUUUAUUUUUAUUUGUAUAUUAUGUGUAUUUUUAAAGUGUAUCUUUGUUCUAAUCUUUUUUUUAAUAACAAAGAUAAAAUAAUGAUAGAUUUUUAUCUUCUCCCAUUUUGGCCUAAAUAUCUGCCAUUCUUUUUUAUAUUUUGUUACCUUAAAGUAACAAGCUUUGUCUUUAUUAUAGGGUAAUCAGUUUGGCUGUACUGCUCAAACAGCUUUACAAAGAAUGACAAAGAAUCAUGAUAAAAUCAUUAAAAAUAAAAGAUAUUAUUGCUAUAACGCCCACCCGAACAAACCAAUACACCCUACAAUUCACCCCCAACCAUCCCCGGACCGCGGUUAUGCCCUUGUAAAGCCAUUUCGCCCCUGCCCCUCCAGAGGUCUGUGCACGCCACUGCAACUGAGUGGGUUGUGAGGGUUCUGAUGCUGACAUGUUCAAAGGUUUUAAAAUAUUAAUUUUCAUAAAAUACUUUAUGCCUGCUUUUCCUCUGCCUUGUUUACGAAUUUCUCUUUUAAAACUUCAAAUCUCUUGAAAAACACUGUGUGCAAUAUAAAGAUGUAGUCUUUUCAGUGUACUGAUUAGCUUCCUGUUCCCACUAUAGCCAGCGAAACUUACUGAACCUUUCUGUGACCAAUAAAAGGAACAUGCUGUUUUAUGUAAA